AUAUUAAUUGAGCAUACAUUUUAAUAACUGCAACAGAGGAACCAACAGCAAUCUCCCCUUCAGGAAGCUAUGCCCCGAGGUGCCAUGAUGUAUUCAACCUAUGGGGGCAGCACAACUUCUGAGCGUCCCGUAGUGGAAGCCUUGCGUCGUCACAUCCUUCCAAGUCGUUUCUAUGGUAAUCAGAGAUGGCGUCCGGUAAGUAUCUAAAAUAAAAGUAUUGAAUGGUCUGAUUUGAACCUAACCUUUUCGUAAACAAAACAUUCUCAAAUCUGAAACACGUACUUUCCGCUACAUGGUAGUCAAGCUAACAUAAUAAACUUUGCUUUUUAAUCCUUUUAGGGAGACCAAUUGUAUCCUUCAAUGCAAAUCACAACAGUUUGUCCUUUAGUUAGCUGGUCAGACUUUAUUAAUGUAUUAGUAUUAUUCAGAUGGGGCUCCAUUAAAUACGAUGCUUUCGGCAAUAAAUACGCCACAGUCUGAUCAUGUUAAUAUUAAGUGCUUGUGUUUUUUUUAUCAUUAGCAUGUUAAGAGACGUUCAUGAUUUCAAGUUUGUAUAAUCAGGUGGUUAAUUGAUCAGGACGAGUUGUCAUAAAAUCGUAUUUGCCGUUCUGUUUUUAUUUUUUUGCUGCUGCUAGGUAAAAUAAAGAUAACUUGCAUAUGUAUAGACAAACAUGAACCCAGCGUUAUCGAUUUUUAUAUUAUUUACUUUUUUUUAUCAGACACUCCUACUGUUUUGACAGACGUCAGUGAGGAGCAUCUUUCUCAGGGCUGCGUACAGGAAGACAAUGCGGUUUGAAGCUCAUGACCUUUCGGCUGUGAUUCAAACACCCCAACAACUAGAAGAGCUGCUGCCCAUCACGGCUGUAGGCCUACAUUAUUCUGUGUACAAUGUGAUUGUUAUUCCUUAACUAUCUCCAGUUAUCGUCCACAUCACUGCAAGUCCUCCUCUACCUCAACUGUUGGUACUUUGCAGCAUACUUCCUGGCAGAGUCUCUCAUGUUCAUCUACAAAGGGCUCUUACUGCCGUAUCCAUCAGAUAAUUUGAUUCUGGACGUCGUUCUGCAUCUCCUGUUUCUCUGCCUAGAGAGCCUCAGGAUCUUCUAUGGUUGGAAGGGGAAUCUGUGCGAGCGAUCCUUGGCCACCAGUGUGUCUCUGCUGCUCCUCCUACCCUGUCUGGCCCUCGCUGUCUACUUCCUCCUCCUCCAGACCUUCGUCCUGCGCUUGGAGUUCAUUCUCACCGCCGUUCUCCUCUGCUUCUACGGCCUAGAGUUCCUUCUCGGCCUGGUCACCGUGUCUCUCUUCUCCAGGUCUAAAAUGUACUGAAACCACAUCGAACACAAAGAAGGGAUUCUCCUGGAUUCCUAGAAUGAGCCCUUCUUUUCAAUGCAGAUGUACAGAAAUCGACCUUGAUUUUGUAUAAUAAAAGAUUAUUUUUGUAUUGGUAUGUAAAUAUCUGAUCAAUAGGUCUAUGUAUGAAUAAUGUAUAUGUUUUUACUUUUUCAAGGUUGGAAAUAAACG